CGUUUCUUUUCGCUCUCCCUUUCCCUCUCCCCUCUCUUUUCCGCUGUCCUUUUUCUUUGUCCUUCUUCUCGGAAUCUAGGGCUAGGGUUUAAGGGUUUCUCUCUCCGUAGCCAUUAAGUUCAGAGAUGAAGGUGAAGGUGAUCUCUCGUUCCACCGAUGAAUUCACCCGCGAACGCAGCCAAGACCUCCAGAAAGUUUUCAGAAAUUAUGAUCCAAAUCUGAGGCCGCAAGAGAGAGCUACAGAGUACACGAGGGCUCUUAAUGCUGCGAAAUUGGAAAAGAUAUUUGCGAGGCCUUUUAUUGGAGCUAUGGAUGGGCACAUCGAUGCUGUGUCCUGUAUGGCGAAGAACCCGAAUCACUUGAAAGGAAUAUUUUCGGGUUCUAUGGAUGGAGACAUUCGUCUUUGGGAUAUAGCUACCAGGAAGACUGUUUGCCAGUUUCCUGGCCACCAAGGUGCUGUCAGAGGCUUAGCAGCAUCUACGGAUGGAAAGGUUCUCAUAUCAUGCGGCACAGAUUCCAGUGUUAGGCUGUGGAAUGUUCCUUUUUCUAAAAUUAUUGAUUCUGAUGAGUCAGUUGGAAAUGCUUCAGAGCCACUGGCAGUUUAUGUGUGGAAGCAUGCGUUCUGGGCGGUUGAUCACCAGUGGGAUGGUAGUCUCUUUGCAACUGCUGGUGCGCAAGUUGACAUCUGGGAUCAUAACAGGUCACAGCCAGUGAACAGUUUCACAUGGGGUAAUGACACAGUUAUAUCUUUACAAUUCAAUCCUGGAGAACCAGAUAUACUUGCAACAUCAGGGAGUGACCGUAGCAUAACAUUGUACGAUUUGCGCAUGUCUACCCCAGCUAGGAAACUUAUCAUGAGGACAAAAACCAAUUCAAUCUCAUGGAACCCAAUGGAGCCGAUGAACUUUACAGCUGCAAAUGAGGAUUGCAACUGCUACAGUUAUGAUGCUAGAAAACUGGAUGAGGCAAAAUGUGUGCAUAGGGAUCAUGUAUCUGCAGUGAUGGAUAUUGAUUACUCUCCAACUGGUCGGGAAUUUGUUACUGGCUCUUAUGAUAGAACAGUAAGGAUAUUUCAGUAUAAUGGAGGCCAUAGUAGAGAAAUUUACCACACAAAGAGAAUGCAAAGGGUAUUCUGCGUAAAAUUUAGCUGUGAUGGGACUUAUCUUAUUUCUGGAAGUGAUGAUACAAAUCUUAGGUUAUGGAAAGCUAAAGCUUCAGAACAAUUGGGAGUUCUUCUGCCAAGGGAACGCAAGAAGCAAGAAUAUCAGGACGCUGUCAAAGAACGCUACAAACACCUUCCAGAGGUUAAGCGCAUAGUCAAGCACAGGCACUUGCCGAAACCAAUAUACAAGGCGGCCAACUUAAGGCGCACCAUGAUUGAAGCAGAAAAUAGGAAAGAAGCAAAGAGGAGAGCUCACAGCGCUCCUGGAAGCAUAAAGAUCCAGCCUUUCAGGAAGAGAAGAAUCAUCAAAGAAGAAGAAUGACUCACAGUUUUGCUCAGCUGAGGGAUAAAUUAUCACAGUUUUGUUCUUUAAGUUAAAAUUGCGUGUACUUCUGAUGUAAUGCAUAUCUCACCUCAUUCGGUAUCCUGGAAUUUUGAGGUUACAUCCAAUUUGUUAGCAGUUGGUGAUAUAGAACAAGUCCAUGAGUAAUCGAUUCAUCUUUGAUUCUAUUUGUCACAACAUGUUAAUGGCUUA